CUUUUCCAUCGCUCUUGACUCGACUACGGCAAUGGACGGAGAUCGACAACAGGGAACCUCUUCGGUGAAGUCCGUGCUCUUGGUGAUGUCUGGCAAAGGAGGAGUUGGCAAGAGCACAGUCAGUGUUCAGCUCGCCAGGAACCUGGUCUCUGCUGGUCAUCGGGUGGGAUUGCUCGAUAUCGAUCUAUGCGGUCCGAGUAUCCCGAAAAUCCUCGGAAUCAAUGGCAUGAGGAUAACACAAGCCGCAGGAAGCGAUGCAUGGCUGCCGUGCGAAGUCGACGGCUUGAAGGUCAUGUCAAUUGGAUUCCUUCUCGGCAAUGAGGAUAGCGCGGUUGUGUGGCGAGGACCGAAGAAGCAAGCGAUGAUCUCACAGUUCGUCAACGACGUCGCAUGGGGCCAGCUUGAUUAUUUGGUCGUCGAUACCCCUCCCGGAACCUCUGACGAGCACAUGGCUAUCGUGGAGUGCCUGAAGCGAAAGGCUUGCAAGACAGCGACUGUUCUAGUCUCGACACCACAGAAUGUCUCGCUGAUGGACGUACAGCGACAGGUCGCCUUCUGCAAAUUGGCGGGUGUGCAAGUGCUGGGACUAGUCGAAAACAUGUCCGUCUUCAAGUGUCCGUGCUGUAAUGUUGAAAGCUAUCCUUUCUGUGGAGGCGGAGGAGAGCAGCUGGCUAGACAUUGCAACAUUCCACUUCUCGGCUCGCUCCCCAUAAACCUGAAAUUGGCACAAGCUUGCGACGACGGUAAAGCUCUUGAGCGAUCAGGAGAGGAUGAAACGACAGAGAUUUUCCAGAAGAUCGUGCAGCAGAUCGUCCCGGGCUUGAUGGCAUGAAGAUCCGCUCAUAA